UUGGACCUGGGGAACGAACAGCUGUGGAAGGGCCUCUCGAAGUCUAUGAAGCAACACACGGGCCCCUAACAGUGACUUGGAGGAUCAGUGCUGAGAAGAAGAUCAUGGACGUCUCCAGUCCGGGAACUGACAAUUUGUCAAUGGAGCCCAGUGCCAAGCUGUUUUGCUGUGGUUUCAUGAGGCGUUGCAUCCCUCUGGUGUAUCGAGAAGAGCUGUACCACAUCCUGCGCAUGACGGGACCCCUGCUUGUGUGCCGGUUCCUGAAUUUCCUCCUUUUCUUUGUGGUGACAAUGUUCUGUGGCCGCCUAGGGAACACUGUGCUGGCCGGUUACGCCAUGGCCUCAGCUACAAUUAAUGUUACAGCUGCAGCGACGGGAUUGGGACUUGCUUUGGCAUGUGACACUUUGGUAUCACAGACAUUCGGGAGCAAGAAUCUUCUCCGUGUUGGGAUCAUCCUGCAGAGAGGCAUCGUAAUUCUGACACUCUUCAGUUUGCCCUGCUGGGCUUUGCUCUUGAACACCCAACCUCUCCUUCUCUAUUUGGGACAGGACCCUGAGGUGGCCAGGAUUGCACAGCUUUAUGUGGUGGUUUAUUUGCCAGCAAUUCCAGCCAUGUUUCUGUAUCAGCUGCAGCUGUCAUAUCUUCAGAAUCAGGGAGUGAUCAAGCCUCAGAUGUACGCAUCUGCUGUGGCUAAUGUUGCCAAUGUCAUCGCAAACUAUUUUCUGCUGUAUUGGUGGGACUUUGGUGUUUAUGGAUCUGCUGCCGCAAACACCUUUGCUCAGGUUUUUAAUUGUUUUGCCCUGUUUUGUUUCAUUCGCUGGCAGAAGCUCCAUGAGAAAACUUGGGGAGGUUGGUCUUUAGAAGCCUUGCAGGACUGGGGCUCAUAUAUGAAGCUGGCAAUCCCCAGCACACUCAUGACCUGCUUUGAAUGGUGGAUUUACGAAGUUGGAGGAUUCCUGGCUGGAAUGCUGAGUGAGGUGGACCUCGCUGCUCAACAUGUGGUUAUAAUGCUGGCAUACAUCAACUAUAUGAUCCCAUUAGGAAUGCAGGGUGCAGCGUGUGUUCGUGUAGGAAACGCUCUCGGCGCUGGAGAAACAGCUGCUGCAAUCUUCACCAGCAAGGUGUCUCUUAUCAGUGCAGCUGUUAUAGCAGUCCUUCAGGGUUUUGUUCUGGGCUCCACAAAAACGGUCAUCGGCUACAUAUUUACUUCGGAUGAGUCCAUAGCAGAGCUCGUGUCUCAGCUGCUGAACAUCUACUGCCCUCUUCAGGUCUUUAAUGGAAUAUUGUGUGUUGGCAUGGGCGUUCUCCUUGGCACUGGGCAGCAGAAGAUAGCAGCUAUUGCAAACCUCUUUGGCUACUAUUGUAUUGGACUCCCAUCCAGCAUUGUUCUGAUGUUUACGGCCGGUUUACAAGUUGCUGGCUUUUGGCUGGGCCUCCUCAUUGCGGUCUUUUUGCUAGCAAUUUUCUUCACCGUGGCCAUUUUCAAACUAAACUGGAAGAAAAUGACAGAAGAGGCAAUUGCGCGUACAGGAAAGAGUGCAAAUGGAGCAGCAAAUGGAACAAUGACCACUGAGUUUUGUUCAAACCAUCGCAACAGCUUCUACCAGGUGGUCCUGAAUGCAGAGAAUGGAAAUGGAUACAUGGUUGUGAGCUCUCAGGAUCAGGACGAGAGACUUAACAGUACUGCGGUACCCGAGGAGCCAAACGUGACUGGCGUGGAGGAAAAGCCUCCAGUUCUGCUGUCCACUACUCAGCUGGUUCUCAGGAGGGGUUUGACCACCGUCGCCGCUCUCCUCAUCCUCGCCGUAGGAAUAAUCGUCCAUCUCACUGUGCCCUUACCUCAGGUAUCUUACGGUGCUGGUGCGAACUAUACUGUGGACUCCAACUUUACCACAGCCAAUCCCAUCUAUUCAACGAGUUUCAUUUGAAACCAAGACCAGACAGAUUCACUGUGAACUUUUUAUAUCUUUAUGCUGAAUAAGGCCAAAAAACAAGCCUUUUAACAGUGAUCCCAGGCUGUAGAUUGUGACCUAGACAGAUGAUCAUAUUUUUUAUCUUGAGCGCAUUUGCUUUGUCCACAGCAUUAGGCUGGAGGAGUGAGUAAAUCGACCAGCUUAGCAGAAAAAAAAGGUCUGUUCCCCAGUGACACAGUCAUAUAAUCUCUCCGGUUGACAUUUCUAGUCAGAUGACUGCCACUGUAGAAUAUCUUCUUUUUGGCAGUAUUUCUCCAAAGCCACUGUCAAAAUUGAGAAAGAUGUAUUAUUAAGCAUGAUGGAGAUGUAGGAUUUGAAGCAGUUGCAUGUGAAAAAAGUUUUCUCUGAAUUAUAUUUUUCUCUUUUUAGAAUGUUGCUGAUGCUGCAAAAAUUGCGAGAAAAACUUUCACACAGAACAUAUUUUUACAUUCUGCUUGUUUUCACACAGAAGUGCUUUAACAAGGCAUUGUAAGCAUAUGGUGCAUAAGUUGGUCACACUUUAUUUUAAUGGUCCAUUUGUUGAAUUUAAGUUACUUUGCAUCUGCAUGCCAACUAAUUCUCAUUAGAUUAUAAGUAGACUGUUAGGUUGGGGUUAGUAUGUACUUGCAAAGUUUCUUAUAGUCAGUUAAAUGUCUGUUUAUCAGCUGAAGUAUCAACAGAUAAUAAGCAGUCAGUCUACUAAUACUCAAAUGGACCAUCAAAAUAAAGUGUUCCUUAUAAGUUUAACAAAAAAAGACAUCUAAUAAACCUUACUACUAUAUGGGAAAUUUACAUAUUGGGUUUUGCGUUAUGUGUAAUAAAAAAAGCAAGCUUUCGAGGUGUUUUUAAAUGUCUUUUAAUGUGAGUGUCGAAUCUUUUGAAUAUUUUCUGCAAACUUUGAGACAAGGGGCCCUAUUAUACACCCGGCGCAAUAAGGCGCAAGACUAGUUUCCAUGAUGUGUUGCAGUUUGAGACCAACGCAACCCUAAUUUUCCUGUUUUCCGCCAUGUUGUUUAAAUAGCAAAUCCAUUUGCGCCACUUUGUAGACUCAUGGGUGGUCUGGAAAAGAGAUGUGUUAAGGCACAUUGUUGGUGUGUUGCUAUUUUGAGCAACUAAAAUAGCCUGUUCAAUAGACCAGCUGAAAGCAGGUCUAAAGUCCAUAUAGCAGAGCACGUUAGUUGUGCACCUCACUUACACAUUGCUUAAAACAUGCAGGAUGUAGAGCAAACAGAAAUAUCUUUACAAAUGAAUGAGAA